UUGUCCCUCGGCGGACACCGUUGCCAGCCCCGGCAAUGUCUCCGCGCUCGUCGCUUUCGUAGGGUGCGGAGUUCUACCUUUUUUUCCCACGCUUGCCAUGGCGAGCCGAGGGGCCCGGCAGCGCCUGAAGGGAAGCGGGGGCAGCGGCGGGGACACGGCCUCGGCCGCCGACAAGCUGCGGGAGCUGCUGUGCAGCCGGGAGACGGGCAGCGCGGAGCCGCGGCCCGAGUUAUCUGGGAACAAAGCCGGACAAGUCUGGGCACCUGAAGGAUCUACUGCCUUCAAGUGUUUGCUCUCAGCAAGAUUAUGUGCUGCCCUCCUGAGCAACAUCUCCGACUGUGAUGAAACAUUCAACUACUGGGAACCAACACACUACCUCAUCUAUGGGAAGGGGUUUCAGACUUGGGAAUAUUCUCCAGCUUAUGCCAUUCGCUCGUAUGCUUACCUGUUGCUUCAUGCCUGGCCAGCUGCAUUUCAUGCAAGAAUUUUACAAACGAAUAAGAUUCUUGUCUUUUACUUUUUACGAUGUCUGCUGGCUUUUGUGAGCUGUAUAUGUGAACUUUACUUUUACAAGGCUGUGUGUAAGAAGUUUGGGCUGCAUGUGAGUCGAAUGAUGCUAGCCUUCUUGGUUCUCAGCACUGGGAUGUUUUGCUCGUCAUCAGCAUUCCUUCCUAGCAGCUUCUGUAUGUACACUACCUUGAUAGCCAUGACUGGCUGGUAUAUGGACAAAACUUCCUUUGCUGUGCUUGGAGUCGCCGCUGGGGCCAUCUUAGGCUGGCCAUUCAGUGCAGCUCUUGGUUUACCUAUUGCCUUUGAUCUGCUGAUCAUGAAACAAAGGUGGAAGAGUUUCUUUCAUUGGUCAUUGGUUGCUCUAAUGCUGUUUCUGGUGCCUGUGGUGGUCAUUGACAGCUACUAUUAUGGGAAGCUGGUGAUUGCACCACUCAACAUAGUUUUGUAUAAUGUCUUUACUCCUCAUGGACCUGAUCUUUAUGGCACAGAACCUUGGUAUUUCUAUUUAAUUAAUGGAUUUCUGAAUUUUAAUGUAGUCUUUGCUUUAGCCCUCCUGGUCUUACCACUGACUUCUCUCAUGGAAUACCUACUGCAGAGAUUUCACGUUCAGAAUUUAGGCCACCCAUAUUGGCUUACCUUGGCUCCAAUGUACGUUUGGUUUAUCAUUUUCUUCAUCCAGCCUCACAAAGAGGAGAGAUUUCUUUUCCCUGUGUAUCCACUUAUAUGCCUCUGUGGUGCUGUGGCCCUUUCUGCACUUCAGAAAUGUUACCACUUCGUGUUUCAGCGAUACCGCCUGGAGCAUUACACCGUGACGUCAAAUUGGCUGGCGUUAGGAACACUCUUCCUGUUUGGGCUCCUGUCUUUUUCUCGCUCUGUGGCACUAUUCAGAGGGUAUCACGGACCCCUUGAUUUGUAUCCAGAAUUUUAUCGAAUUGCCACAGACCCCACCAUCCACAGCGUUCCUGAAGGCCGGCCCGUCAACGUCUGUGUCGGGAAAGAGUGGCAUCGCUUCCCCAGCAGCUUCCUUCUGCCUGACAAUUGGCAGCUUCAGUUCAUUCCGUCAGAGUUCAGAGGCCAGUUACCAAAACCUUUUGCAGAGGGACCACUGGCCACCCGGACUGUUCCUACUGACAUGAAUGACCAGAACCUAGAGGAGCCAUCCAGAUACAUUGACAUCAGUAAAUGCCAUUAUUUAGUGGAUUUGGACACCAUGAGAGAAACACCCCGGGAGCCAAAAUAUUCAUCCAAUAGAGAAGAAUGGAUCAACUUGGCCUACAGACCAUUCCUUGAUGCUUCUAGGUCUUCGAAGCUGUUGCGGGCAUUCUACAUUCCCUUCCUGUCAGAUCAGUUUACAGCGUAUGCAAACUACACCAUCCUCAAACCCCGGAGAGCAAAGCAAACCAGGAAGAAAAGCGGAGACCGGAGAAGAGCAGAGCCAACUUUGAGGAAGAGCUGAAAAUCCUGGGAUGGGAUGGCAGUGUUGAGCUGUUCUCCACACUCUGGCCUGGUAUCCAAGGACUGGCCUCCCCGGGGCCGGGUGAGCUUCUCCACCCAAGCUCCCUGGAAGCUCCUAGCAGACCUUCUCAUGCAAAUCCUAGUGCUGAAAAUGAGCACAGCCUAGUUGCCAACAUACAUGUCCUUUCACCUCCAGCAAGACUAAGCUUUUCUAAAGCACUUCACAGGACUAGAACCUUGUCCUGGAGAUAUCUCAGGAAAAAGGCAACCAUUUGAGGAACUGUGGCUUAAUUUCUUUAUACAGGAUGCCUCUUAUUUUUGUUUAAAUCCUUUACAACAAGCUAUAACCAUGAGAGUUUGGUGUUUUUUGUUUUGUUUUGUUUUGUUUUCAGUUUUAGCAUGCUUUCUUGAAUUCAAGACUUCCCUCUGUAUAGGACAUACGUGGAGAAGAUUAAUUCUAUCAGUUGGUGGAUUUGAAUGACAUCACAUUUUAAAGUAAUUUAUUCUGAAACCAUUUCUGAGGAAAUUAAGACUCUCCCUUUUUUAAACAACCCUAGUGAAAAAGACCAGUGUAUAUUUACGGCAUCUAUUUUUGAGUCUCUCUAUUGCAAAGCACAUCCUGCAU